CUUUACUCCACGGGACUCGUUCGGAGAGGAUGGUAUCCUCCCCGAGAUCUUCAACUUUUGGACUCCACCUCAAGGCGUGCUAAUAGACAAUUAGCUGUUCACUAUCUAGGCCCGCCAUCGGAUGCAGUCUUAGAAUACCGGGCCUCUUGCAGCCGUCAAUAGACAUAACAGUGUCGAAUACACAUCAGUCGUACCCCUCACCCCUCAUCCAUAACACCCCUUUCGUCCGGAACCUCUUUCAAUCGACCCUGAAGACUCUCGUGAAGCUUAUUCCCUCCUUGGUACCUCAAUCACGACCGAACGUAAUGUCAACCUCACUAAGAGCAGAUGGCUCUCGCAAAACUGCCAUCGUCACCGGCGGUGCAGGAGGCAUCGGAGCACAAACGAUCAGAGAGUUCUACCACAACGGCUUCAAUGUGGUAAUCGCAGACCUGAGUUUUGCCCAGAGGGCAGCCGAAGAAAUCAUUAAAUCAUUUCCCGAUCCAAGCCGGGCAAUCUUCCAUUCCACGAACAUCGUCAACUGGGAGGACAUGAAAUCCCUCUUCCGGACAACCAAGCAGAAGUUCGGCCAGGUCGAUGUCGUCGUGGCGAAUGCGGGUAUCAUGGAGAGCAGGGAGUUUUACGAGUUCGAAGAGGAUGAGAAUGGGGAGCUUAAAGAGCUGGUCGAUGCGUCUCGCGUCAUCGACAUCAAUCUUAAAGGAACAAUGAAUACUCUGCGGUUAGCGUUGCACUCGAUGAAGUCCAAUCCCGUUGAUUCUGACGGAGCUCGUGGUUCGGUCAUUCUGAUAGCAUCGACCUCUGGAUACUUUGGCGGCACAGGCGUCGUCGCCUACGUCUCAUCCAAACACGGUGUCGUCGGUCUUGCUCGUUCGUCCCAGCGUGUGGCUGCUCAGUCGAGUAUUCGCCUGAAUGUUGUUGCACCGUUCUUUACACCAACUCACAUUACCGGUAGUUACUCAGCACAGUGGAAAGAGAGGGGAUUACCAGCUAAUACUGUCGAAGACGUGGCGACAGCGAUCGUACAGACUAGUACCGAUCCUCAGCGUAAGGGUCAUAGCGUUAUGGUUGCCGGCAAGAUGGUUCGGGAAAUUGAAACUACCAGAACUGGCCUAACAACCCAAUGGCUGGGCGAGGAGAUCGCACAUGUCAUGGCCGAGGGAGGCAAAUUCUUCGAUGACAUUGGCGGAUAUCCUCUGCCAAAAGCACGAGCUUGAUUGUCCUUUUUUUUAUUUUCUUCUGUGGUCUUGUCCUAACAUUUGAUUGAUUUCAUAUCUUCAAUCGCUUUUCGAUCUACUGUCGCUUGUUCAUUCCGUCAUUCGCCAGAUAUCCCAUCUUU